UGUUUGUCAAUUAAGAAUGUCCACAAAUGUCAACAUUAAAGUCGAAUUACAAGAAGAAGCACUUCCUAAUGGAGUUGAUGUAAAAAUUGAACAGUUUGCAGUAAAGCAAGAAGAUGAACUUAACUCCUCUCUUAUCCACCAGGAUCUGCAGAUAAACAAAGAAGAAGAUUACCACACCACGAAAAUAAAACUGGAAUCUCAAUCAAUGACCGAUUCCGCUCAUUCUGACUCUUUGGAGCAACCAUGGUUUAAUUGUGAACAGUGCAAAUUCACCACACAGUUCGAGCGAAAUUUGAAGGACCACUUGAAAGAGCACCAGUAUUUGGUGUCCCUUAACGACAAAAAACUAAAAUUUGAAGAAGACUGUGAUAGUACAAACGAUUUUAAAUGUGAAGAGUGCGACUUCACAACGAAAUGGAAAGGAAACUUGAUUAGACACGUGAAGGGUUGUCACGGCACCUCCGAAUUUUACUGCCAAAAGUGCGACUUCACGACGAAGUCGAAAAGAAACCUGAUACACCACAAUCAGGGACGUCACGGUUCCGAUGAGUUCAAUUGUAAAAUGUGCAGCUUCUCCACGACGUGGAAGAAUAACCUUAGUCUGCACGUGAGAGGGUGUCACACCGCGGAGAAGUUCCACUGCAAAAUUUGCGGAUUCGCGACGAAGUGGCGGAAAAAUUUAUCUGAUCACGUGCAGCGACGUCACCGCGUGGAGGAGUUUUUUUGCGACCUUUGCGAGUAUAGUACGAAUGCCAAACGUAAUCUCAUCGACCACAAUAAGGGGUAUCACACGAAGUUAUUGUAAACGUACUGGUAUUUGGAUGAAAAAAUUGGUACAUGAGUAAACAAAACUGAUUUAUAGUGGCUAUUUUUAUAAUUUUGUAAAAUACGGCAGUCCGAGGGGGAUCAAACCGAAUUUUAAAAAGAAGAAAAAAUUGUAAAUAAACAUUUUAAACAUUA